GCCGUCACAAUCAAUCUGUUUUCAGGGGCACGGGCUAGUUUCUCUUCGCUUGGCAGCGCGCUUUCCCCGACACGCGCAGAUUGGCAGGCACGCCCGGUUUAGCGCCACGCCGUUUCCUUGCUGGAGGUGGGUAGCACCAACAAUUUAAUCAGGACGCGUACUCCAGCCUCUUUGUCUCCCCCAUCCCUCCGCUCCGAUACAGCACACCCAGCACUGUCUUCCGCUGCUGCAGUAUUCUGUAUCGCCGCAUCUUAAUUCUUAAUUCUUAAUACGCGCGACCGUGACGGCGGCAGCGCUCUAUCUCCCAUAUCGAUUACCCAGCGGACAGACCAACGGCACCCCACGAUGCGCGCCUCCAGCAUUCUUGCCGCGCUCGCCUUCGCGGCCACCGCCUUCGCGGACGACGUGCCAGAGGGCAUUGCGCCCGAAGAGCCUCCACCAGAGGGAUGCGAAACCACGGCUGAAGGCAAUUUCACAAUCGGCUACGAACCUGCGCCGUCCAGGAAACGAGAAACAGCCGUGGAGGCCGGAAGUAACGCGCUCGUCUGCACGCUCGAGGACGGCAUCCUCAAAGACCCCUACAACCGCAUCGGCUCCAUCGUCGCAAACCGCCAGUUCCAGUUCGACGGUCCUCCGCAAGCGGGCGCUAUAUACACAGGCGGCUUUUCGGUCUGCGAUAACAGUUCGCUGGCCAUUGGCGGCUCUACGCGGUGGUGGAAGUGCGGCAGCGGUGGCUUCUUCAACCUGUACGACCAGUGGAUUGGCGGCCAGUGCGACGAGAUCCGCAUCGUGGUCUCCUACGUUGAACAGCCCACGUCCUCGAGCUCGUCCUCCGUAGCGUCAAGCACAGCGGAGGCGAGCAGCAUCGCCAGCUCAGUCUCAAGCUCCGCUUCCAUCAGCGCCACACCAAUCGCCUCUAUCAACGGCACCGCGCCCAGCACCGGCCUCUCUUCCGGCGCGUCUUCGCGGUUUUCUUCUGCACCAGCAACGUCCGCUGUAGCCACCGACACGCAGGUUCCCGAUGCGCCUCCAGAAUCGACUGGUGGCGCCGUGCCCACCCGUGUCCCUCGACGAGAAACCUUCGGCGCUGUUGUCGGCAUCCUCGGAGCGGCAUUAAUUCUCUAGAUCGGCUUUACCCAGUCGUAGUAUCAUUUACUUAUCUAGACGGUUCGCCUCGAUUCAGCACAACCAGAGCUCUGCGCUGCUAUUUCUAUGUACGAUAUUCAGCAUUGGCGGAGGAGCAUAAUGAGCAUUAACAGGCACCUGCCUUAUUCAACAGGG